AUGUCAGAUAAUGAAGGUAAGUUAAAAAAUGCUGAUACUUGCUCGGAAACAACAGGAAAGGUUGACAAUUAUAAAGAAUUGAGGUAUAUCGCUGGUCCUCCAAAAUUAAAUCCAGAUCGUCGACUACCCAUUGAAAUAGUUGAUCAAUUAAUAUCACUCAAAUGUACUAAUAAAAUUUUGAAUACUAAUGAAGAGGUUCAAGACUUUCUCAUAAAUGUCCUCCUAUAUUGUCCUGCUUAUUAUGAUUUAGGAAGAACUCAUAACAGAAAUACUCCUCGUAGGAACUACAUUUUCUGUAUAUUUGAAGAUUGUAAAGUAGAUAUGGAAAUCAAAGCUCGAGAAUUUGUUAUUACCCGUAUUGGUCAGUUGGAAGCAGGUAAAGGCCUAAAGUAUAAUCUUGAAUUAUUUUGUUUCGAUGAAAUUAAAUUCAUUGUCUUAUACCUAGUUGGUAUAGAAAAGUCUUGGUUGAUUGAGUUUAUUACGGACUACUUUAAAGUUGCUUCAUGUGACUAUAUAAUUUGCUCAUCAAAUCCUGAUCUAGUUGAAUUGGUUGAGGAAGUUGAUCCGGAUUUUAUAAUACUCGAAGGUUGUAUCACAAGAGAAGUGAAACUUCAAUUUGAAAAGUAUAUUACUAUUACUCCAUAUGUAAGAUUUGCAAAAAAUAAGCGAUCAAUGCUAGAUGGCAUGUGGAGAUCCAUAUUGAUAGCUGAUAAGAAACACUUAAGUCAAAAAGUUACUAAAUUUCUAGACUUAUAUAGAGACUUCGGUCAUGGAGAAUUCAAUGAGAAAAUCAAAAUUUUGCUAAGACUUAGAAAACGUUGGCACCAGCAAUAUUUCCAUGGGCCCAGAUGUGAAGUCGGAUAUGAUUUUAUCAAAGCAGCGAUUCUGAUCAUUAAAGAGGAUCUCACGUUUCAGCAAAAAUUUUUAAAAAUAGAUCAUUUAUUUGAAAUGGGGUUGUUUAAUAACUUAUCUUCCGAAUUCAGCUUAGAGGUAUCCGAUUUUUUGGCAGGUUGA